CUUUUGACUGUUACGCAGAUUGUUUGCAUCGUCGUACCGUGUCGCUCGUACGUAUGCUCGCACGUUUGCAUGCUCGUUCGCUCGCUCCGUCGUUAGCCGUGAAACGAAUAGUCAGUUGCUUAGUUACAUAUGCAGUCAGUGCCGACGUUAACUAGCCGCUGCUACUACAACUGUAUAUUGUUAAUAAGUGUAUUGUUAAUAAGUGCGCUCGCCCACCGGCUCGCCGUCGUCAAUCAGUGUUGUCAGUACGUUUUGUCAUCAUUCACUCACCGCUGUUUUGAUUGACCAAUUUGCGUUCGUGCAAGCAGUGUUCAAUACCAAAAAAAGGAAAAAAUUAAAACAAAUUUUUAAACUAAUUUUUAUUCUCACAAAUUAACGUGUUUUAUCAGCUUAAUAAUAUAAAUUCUUGCAACAAAAAGAAACACGAAUUUUUCGAAACAAACCAAGAAAGACAAGAGAAAGUGCGCGAGUUUGCUAGACAACUUUGAAUAGGAAUUUUGCGUCGGUAAAAGUGCAAGAGCAGCUUAACGCAGGCGUGUGUGUCUGUGUGUGUGAAAAGUGCCCGCCGGUAAACGUAAACUGUUUAUCAUUAGAACGUGUGAAACAAAUGUGGUUGGAUUAACUCAACGCAGAGAAUGCCGUAUCAAAGUUAAAUUUAAAUAAAGUACACAGCCAAGGAAAAAAAGUUAAUUACUUUCACAAAAAUUAUUCCAACUAAUUGUCGGUGAUUAACCACAAAGUGCAGUGUGUGUUAAUUUAAGCAAAAUAGAAACACAAACAACAAAAAUCACUCUUGUUUAACAAAACUAAUGCAAGCGAGAAAAAAAAUUUUGAUAAUAAUCAACUACUUGCGUUUUUAGUGCCAACGCUUGUGUAGAAAAUCUGAUUAGUAGUUAUAAAUUUUAUUUUUAAUUUCGUAAAAUCAUAACAUUAAAUGACAGUGCACAGUAAUGACAGUGGUGUGUGUUUAGUAAUGAACGCCGUUUCAACUCGACCGACUGCAUCGCCCACAGCCGCUACCGCACAGCCCGUCGCGCCGAUCCAACAACACCCCACAAACCUCAGUACGAACGCACCAACGCACAUCGUUGCUGCUGCUGCCAACGCGCCGCAACCUACUUUAACCGCUUCGGUUGCGUCUGCUGUUGCUGCUGCCGCCGCCGCCGCUGCUGCUGCUGCAGCUGCAGCUGGCGCUGUGCCGCCACCCACUACAACAAGUAUAUCUCACAACAACAACAACAACAACGUUCUGCCACUGUCUAAGGGCAGCACGUCCAUAUCAGCAGCAACGCCGCUAACUAUCACAUCAGCCGCCGCUGCCGCCGCCGCAGCUGCUGCUCAUCUACACAACAGCAACAGCGCCAACACAAAUCCGAUGGCAGUAACAUCGACAGUGCCGCCGGGCGCACGUUCUAUUUCACCAUGUUCAGCAGCAGCCACACCCUACGGCAGCAGUAGUAUACCGGGUGGCGCUAGUCUCAGUGCGAGUGGUCCGGGUAGUGGUGUAACGGUUUCGGUGAUAGGUCCACCAGGCAGUGGACCACCGCCGGGUCUGCCACCAGGUUUAGCGGGUGGUCCGGCCGGUGCGGGCGGGGUGCCACCACCGCCGGGUACGCCGGGCUCAAAUCGAUGCUGUGAUACUGGACGCACAAUCUAUACGGAUCCCGUUAGUGGGCAAACACUCUGCUCGUGUCAAUAUGAUAUACUUAGCUAUCAGCGUUUGGCGGCCGCAGGUGGACUUGUCACAGGACCGGGUGGUGUGCCGAUAGGCGUCUAUCCAGAAGGCAUGUCUGCGUAUCUAUCGGGCAUGGCGGCUGAUCAGCCGCCGUUCUAUGCGAAUCCGGCUGGCAUGGAUCUAAAAGAGAAUUUAGUGGCUGGUGGUGCGCCAUGGCCAUAUCCUUCAGUAUAUCACCCCUACGAUGCGGCAUUCGGUUAUCCAUUUAAUAGUUAUGGUGUUGACUUGAAUGGAGCGCGUCGGAAGAAUGCCACCCGCGAGACUACCUCGACGUUGAAAGCCUGGCUAAAUGAGCACAAGAAAAAUCCAUACCCCACGAAGGGUGAGAAAAUCAUGUUGGCAAUUAUAACGAAAAUGACGCUGACACAGGUGUCUACGUGGUUCGCGAAUGCGAGAAGAAGACUGAAAAAAGAGAAUAAAAUGACGUGGGAGCCGAGAAAUCGCGUCGACGACGAUGAUGCAAAUCUCGAUGAUGACGAUCAUAAGAGCACCGAUGAUAAUGAUUUGUUAGAUGCCAAAGACUCUGGUCUCGGCUCAAAUGAGGACAAGGAUCGCUCAAAUCGCCUUGGCGAUUUAAGUGAUCGUCCCGGUGAGAGCAAUAAUAGUGAAUGGUCCGGUUCGCGACCUGGCUCACCAAAUGGUUCACCUGACCUUUACGAUCGCCCUCUCGGCAUGCCAGGCGGUGGUCAUCCACUGUUUCAUCCCGCCGCGUUACAUCACCAUUUCCGCCCACCAGCUGGUUCACCACCCGACAUCGCUGCCUACCACCAUCACCAACAACAACUGCUGCAGCAACAUCAACAGGCGCAGCAAAACUCACUGCAAGCGGCGAGUGGCGGCAUUGGCGGGGGUAGCACUAGCGCAAGCUUAGCGGCAAAACCGCGUAUAUGGUCGUUGGCGGAUAUGGCUUCAAAGGAUGGCAAGGACUCUUCCGCGAAAGAUAGUUCACCGGGCAGCAUUGGCUUACCAGGCACCGGUAUGGGUGAAUUACCCCCCACACAUCCCGCUUUAUAUGGUCAUCCCGCGCAGCAUGCCUCACCCGGUAAGAUAUUGUCGCCUCUAGCGGCGCGCAUACCAAAUUAUUCACCUUACGUGCGACCCGAUCUCUAUCGCGGUUUCUAUGCGCCCGCUGGCCUCACUGGCCCCUCACAAGAAUUUCUCGAGCAUCAGCGUAACUUCAACGCCAGUUUGGCUGCACACAAUGGACUCAGCAUGAAUCCGUUGCUAUGGAAGGCAGCCGUUACCGGUGGCACACCCUUUGCACCAUUAAGUCUUACCACGACGGGAAAUCAUCAUGCGCCACAACAUGUGCCACCACCAGCGGGCGCAUCACCAUCAGCCUCCAGCACAUCCUCAUCGAUAGGUUGUGAUGUUGUACAGCCCCCAUCAUCAAUGAGUCUCACACAAUCACAUCAUAUGGGUCCGAUUUCGGGCAAUUCGACAUCCUCAUCGAACUCGUCCAAUUCUGGCAAACUAUCGCCGGGCAAGCCAUGACAAUUGACCGUAUCACCAACGACCA